AUGGCUCAUGAGGGGGUUGGUCUGCCGAAGCACUGUGCAAUCGUGAUCAAGAAGUUGUGGUUCCUAAUGGAUAUUCCGGACAACGGUCGCCGCAUCGGCACGAUUCAGAAUAGACGGCUGUGGAGUGACAUGGAUCUAUUCUUUGCAACCCUGUUCCUCGUGAAACUCGACGUCCGUUUCACUCACCCUCUCAGCGGUGCAGGUAGGAACGGCAUGAGGCAUUUGCUUAUGGCGCAGCCCAGCCUUACAUUGUUGUGGAAGGUGCUCAAGCGCACGGCACUGAAAGAUGCCCACGAGACGCUCAAGGCAUUCGUCCGCUGGAAGUAUCAGCCGUCGCCGGGGGAGGUUAACAACCACAUCUUUGGCGUGGCACCAGACGAAGUCGGGAAGCUCCAGUACGAAGGGUACGGCAGAGCUAGAAGUACCGUCAAGCUCCAGCGUCCGGAUGAGUUGAUUUUGAAGGAAUGCGUGCGCAGGGGCCUGGACAUGCAGCAGCACUACUUUGACAUGUUUAACUGGCAAUACAAAAUGCCGCCUGUCAUGAAGACAAGACAGACGAGAGUCAAGUCAGCAAUCCAUGUGCAGGCGGCGCAGAGAGAUAGAGAGACUUCAGGCCAACACUUCACUGCAACAGAGCCUAGGGAAGGUGUUACGGACAUGAAGAGAAUUAUGAACAUUGGUUUUGGGGGGAAGUUACGCCAGUGA